GCGCUCCUGUCGUCUAGAGUUAUUACUUAGUUUUUCCACAUCCUGAUUCCUGUUUCACCGUCGCUGUUUACCAGAGACUUUUUCCACCGUUGUAGGAGUGUUUUUCUGCAGCCUAUUUUUUCUUAUCCACCCUCCGUCAGAAUGACCGUCCCCUCCCUUCAGACAGCUCUAGGUGGACUGUGUCUGCUCCUCUGCGGCAUCACGGGCUCCGUUUCCGGGGAGAAAGAGUUCGAGAGCCGCUCAGGGUCCGGGAUGAUCCAGGAGCUCCGGAGCGCCUUUACGCAGCUGGCCGGGGAGGGAAGGUCUUACCUGGGGAGACUGGUCGGAGAGCAGACGGUCCAGUCUGUGCAGAAGGCGUUCUCUCAGGUUCUGGCUGUGGUAGCACGAAGUUUCGCUGACGGUCUGAACAUUCUCCUUGAGUAUGUGUCACACCUGCUGCAGGCUGCUGGACUCGAAGUGAACCUUUCUGUCAACACUGUGACUCCUGACGGUGUGAUCUAUGUGGCUCGUUGGGUUUUCCUGGCUCUCAUUGGCUACUGGCUGCUGUCCCUUGCUCUCCGAUUGGUCGCUUCCACUGUAAGGCGGACUCUGUGGCUGCUGAAAGUGGGCGUUGCUCUGAGCUGUUUCGGACUCAUCCUCAGCGACCACAGCGCGAGUUCAGAGACCACAGCUGUCCGAUUGGCCGUGCUGGUGUGUGUCUGCGUCUUAUUGGGCGUGGGGAGGGGGCGGGGCCCCGGGGCAGAGGAUAAGGCUACUCACCUGGAGGAGCAGGUGAGGAUCCUGGAGAGGCGGCUGAGAGAGAUGGAGGGGUGGAGGAGGACAGAGGAGUAAUCUGAGGCGGAUAGAAGCAAAAUGUUUGAUUAAACAGAACUCAGGUUUGUUUCCAAAGUCUGAUUAAACUUCGUUAAUAUAAUUAAAUUAAAUUUAAACUGCAUGUUUGAUUUUCAAACUUUAGUUUGAUAAGAGCUUCCACACUCUGACCAUCCUUGUUUACAUGAAGAUGCAGGAUGGUAGACCUGUGUGUGGUUAGCAUAGCUUAGCAUACGAGAUACUGUCUGUGAACAGACCCCGUCCCCUAAAUGAAUACAAAAAAAAGAAACGUUAUCUUCUUGUUUGCUUGUCCAACCAGCAGUUGGUCUGCUCUGAUUGGACGAAUACCUCCAGGAAAGAUAAUAUUUCAUUAUUUUGUUAAAUCUGUUUGAUUGUGUUUUUUGUCCUUUUAUUUACAUCCAAACUUGAUUUCAGAUCUGACUUUGCUUUAUUUUCUGUCCUUAAUGGUUGAAGUGUUUCUGUAACUGUGGCUCAGUUGGUAGAGUCGCUCGUCUCUCAACCGGAAGGUCGAGGGUUCGAUCCCCAGCUCCUGCAGUCACAUGUCCGUUGUGUCCUUGGGCAAGACACUCAAGCUCCCGCUGCUACGUCAGCGACGUAUGAAUGUGUAUGAAUGGGAUUAGUUACUUCAGAUGUUCACUUCAAAUAGCAACAUCUGCCAGACUAUAAAAGUGCUUUAUAAGCUCAGGUCCAUUUACCAUCUCAUAUUAAUCCGAUCAGAUAUAAAUCAUCAAAAUAAAACCGUUGUGUGUAUGACACACACGUCUUUGUUAACUCUCAUCCUUAAAUCUGAAGCUUGAUCCAAAGACAACUGGACUCGGUUCAAGAUCUGAAGACAUUUCACCUCUCCUUCGAAAGGCCUCUUAGCCUUGACCAUGACCCGGAUGACGGAGAACCAACACAGACAUCAUCCUUAAAUUGUUUUGGGUUUUUUUUGUAGUAAAAUCCCUUUUUUUAAAUUGUCAGAAAAACGCAGAGCUCUGACUGUGUCUUGUUAACUUUCACAUCAGAAAAACAAAAAUAUUAAAGUUAUAUUUUGGGGGUUUUUAUGUAAAUGUUGAGGUUUUAAUGAUGUUACUAUAAAAUAAAUCAUGUCACAGGUA